AUGACUGUUGUUCAGAAAAGCAGCAGCGCUGAUUUAGCUUCAGCCGAGGAGCAGAAAACUGCAAAGGUACUUACUCCUCCUCGUGAAUUGUCAUUAUUCCCAACACCAGCGGAAAAAUCGAACGCUAUCGCUGGUAAUGCUCGUGUUACGACACAGAAGCGAACUAGUAGAGGAACAGGACGGCCAAAGCAAUAUAAAGUGGAAAAGACCCCUGUAAUGGGAGCCAAUGGUCAACGACAGUGCACAUUUUGCAACGGACAGGUGCGCCCUCAGAUGUGUGGCAGCAACAAGCACAGAUGGCGCUGUGUGGAUAAGAAGUGUCGAAAAUGGUAUGGAUGGGUGAAAAGUCAUGAGGAGAUUCCUAGGGAUUUGGGGAGGAAGGGACGAUGGAAUCGCGCUAAUCGUAGCAAGAAAGUUGUGAUAUCAGCACAAAAGGGGAAGGAAGAGGAGGACACUGGUCCAGCCUCGCUGUCCUCUCAGGCUGAAGCGGCUCUUGCCGCGGCUGAAAUCCAAUCUAUACGAAGUGAUAAAACUGACCCUUUAGCCUUCAUUAUGGAACAUAAUGUACAGCAUGAGGUAAAAAAGAGGCUUGGACGACCUCCGAAAGAACAUGGACUUAAGAUUCGUUUGAAGACGGGCAAAGACAAGAAGGAGGAUACUCGACAGAAACGUAAGUAUGUGCGAAGGACAAGCAAGGUAGCUGCUGGGAUCCUUCAUUGUGCAUCUCCUGUAGUUGAGCAUACGACGCAUAAACCAGGUGAAUAUUAG